AUGAGUGCUGGCAGCAGUUGCGGCACCCCGUGUAGCAUAGGUAAUGUCUGCCUUACAGAUCUAUGGCGUGCGCUGUUCAAGUCGGCCUGGGGGCUCGUCGUGGCCGUCCCGUGCCUCGCGGCAGCUGCUACAGAGGUUGACCUUGCACGUGUCCAGCAUCACCUCGUCAGCCAGACGAUGUAUGGUUCAAACGCAGGCUUUGCGGCAGUCCUCGCCUGCAUCGCGGCUGUCCUGGUGACCACCUGGUUGUUCGUCUCCACGAGGAAGCGGAGCAGUUCUUUGGCAGGAGGCCCGCAAUCUCAGGAGAAGUUGAGGGUCUUCGCUGGGUGGGCGCAGCAGCAGAUCGAAGAGUCUUGCCGCGAGGCCCACCGGCAAAUCAUGGACGAUGUGAUCUUUACAUUCGCUGCGUACGCCCAGCGGCUGGAGAAGGAGUCAAGCCGAGCACAGCGAAGGGUGGCGAUGAUGCGGCUCAGCGUGCUCAUCGAGCUGUUGGAAACGCCCAGCGUGAACGUCGCGCUACGCAGGGUGAACUGGGAGUGGCUGCGAGACUGGGAGCACGGGCGCCUGGAGCCACGAGAUGCACGGCUCCGCUGCACUGUGGUCUUGCCCACGAUCUGUGCAGCCGCGCGUGCACAAGGGCUGGAGCGUCACGGCCGUGCGGGAGGUGCGGCUUCCGAGACGAGCUGCGACAGGCUGGAAGGAAGUAUUCGGUACCUGGCAGGCUGGUGUGCUGACUUCCUUGAGCGACCCGACGUUUGCGCAUUCUUGAAGGCUGGUUGUGAACAUCAAGGGGCUGCGGUGGCAGGGGAGCACCCUGGGUUCCAGAGCGCCGGGGCGCUGGAGUCCGAGUCCUCGGACGAGGAGGAAGACAUCGAGCGCAGCGUAUCGGUGGGCACUAUUCGGAGUGAUUCUGGUGAAUGCGACGCUGACGAUGGCGUUAGAUACGAGGACUUCUCCCGCCGAAAGUUCGACGGGCAGGAACACUGCUGGGACGCCCCAGACGCUACGGAGACCUUGGUGCGUGGGCGCAUGGCCCUUGCGGACUACUUAUCGGACUCGCGCAAGAUUCGCAGUCAGAGCUCUAUGCUUGACCUGGUUGAUGUUCACCUCAUGAAGUCCAGGGAGGAAGUGGUCUUCUAUAGCCAGAGCUCGAAGAGCAGGAUCAAGUCGCUGCGGAAGGCUGGCGACUCGCGCUUCUUCUUCGUCUUGAACUUCCGGCUGCCCCCUGUCCACCUGUGCAUAACCUGGGCGGUGCCAGAGGAUUGCGCCUGGUCGAGACGACCAGAGGGCGUCCUCUUCGAGAGGUUUCUGCGCAUGAGCGAUAAGGAGCGGAACUUGCGCGUGAAGGUAUUGCCAAAGGUGACGGAAGGUCCAUGGCUUGUGAAGACGGGCAUGCCGGACAGGCCUGGUAUUGUCGGAAAGAAGGUCGACAUAGUGCACAACAGCGGACCAAGCCAUACCGAGAUGUCGGUGAACUGCAUCUCCUCCUCGACGGGCCGCCGGAUAGUGAACCUGCUGACGGGGGCGGCGAAGCACUUCAGCCUGGAGCUCUACCUGAUCAUCGAAGGCCAGCGACAGGAUGAGCUUCCCGAGCGCAUCUUGGGGGGCUUGUCGAUCCACCAAGGUGACCUGUUGAAGAUCCAGAUGGAGUGA